GGAAACACUGUUGAUAGUAUAUGUUAAACCGCAAUAAAAAAAAAAACUACAGUGAUGAACAGAGUGUCUUAAAUUAGACUUUCUUCCUUAUACGUAUACAUGUGCAUGUACUGAUGAUAAGCUGUGUAGAAUCCAUCAGUUAAAUUCGUAUUUCUGAAGAUUUCAGAUAUUUGAUAUGGACAAGCUAUUAACCGAUUUAUUGAAAAAAUAUAAAUCAACAGAGGAAGUCCUCAAAAGAUCACAAGUAACACUAGAGGCUCUAACGCAACAGUUAAAUUGUUUUGAAAACAAACUUCAACAUGGUAAUGGAAUUUGCUCUGCAUUCGUUUUGGAUACAUCUGAAACCAUGGCAGGAGAAGGUUUUCGACAAAUGAAAAAAGCUGUUUUUGACAUUUUAGACGAAUACAGUGCAUUGAACCUAGAUGACAAUGUCGCAGUCAUUGUAUGUGGGGCAGAAACAAAGGUUCUUCAUUAUUUUUCAAACGAUUAUACCUCCAUUAAGAAAUGUUUUAAAAGCAUUGAUUGUAUAGGACCCCCUCAAUUGGAAGCGGGAAUUGAUUUGACUUUAUCAUGUAUCAAGCAUAGAGGAGGUGGCACAGUUUAUCUACACCCUCUUGAAAUCAGGCCUAGAGUUGUGGUGAUUUCAAAUGGGAACCCCACAGACAAAUCAGACCCUAAAGAGACAACGACCAAUAGCAAGACAUUUCAAAGACUUUUCUCUCUUGCCGAGAGGGAGGGAAAAGUGAACCCGUUUACAUUUAUACCAGUUGGGAAUUCUCCAAACUAUUGCCUAUUAGGAGCAUUAGCGAUAGCAGCAAAAGGCGGACGACUCAUUGAAUGGAAGGAAGCUCGGCAAUAUGCAAGGCUGUCGUUAAAUUUACGUGUUGCCGGCAAACUUCUUUCCCAAUUUCGCGGGGAGACACUAACAGAAGACAUUGUGAGAACACGAUAUUCUAGUUUUGGUCAUGGGGAUGAAGACGACAUUAAUCAGGUUUGCGAAAUAUUGAAUGAAAAGGAAGUGUAUGGGAAGUUAUGUAAAGAAAACAAGCAAAAGCAAUAUGCCUCCAUGCCUAGUAUUGGUACAAGAGUACGAAGAGGAGAGGACUGGCAGUAUGGUAACCAGGAUAGCUACGGGGUCGGAACGGUUACUGGCCAUUGUGAUAAAGGCUGGAUUUUUGUAGAAUGGGAUAACGGUCAAACAUUUGAUUAUCGAUAUGGAAACAAUGGAUUAAUGGAGGCAUAUGAUCUGACAGUUUGUGAUGAACCACGGCAUAUUCCAGAAAAUCAAACCAUAGCUACAGGGUGCCUUGUUCGGAGAGGGUAUGACUGGCAAUGGGGAGAUCAAGACGGUAGCGAAGAGAGCAUCGGAACUGUUUAUAGAGUAGAAGGCAGAGGGGAAGUAUAUGUGAUAUGGCCCAACGGAGUCCAAAGCAAUUACAGAUUUGGAUACAAAAAUAAAUAUGAUUUGCUCUUAUGCGAUCCUCGAGAUCCAGAAAUAAUGCAGCUAUAUCAGUUUCAAAAGGAAAUGUUCAGUGAUGAAAAAAGUACAUCAUCAGAAAAUAAACAAUAACAAAAUCGAUGACGUCAUGGACAGUACUUCCUGGGUAUUAUUAACAAAACAGUAGCUCUCUAGUAUUUACACUUCUUAGAAAUGUAUAUAUUUGAGAACAUUGGUAUCUUUGUUUUAUGAAAUGUAAAAAAAAGAUUUGUUAUUGGGUGCGAAGAAAAAUAAAAACUGAAAAUUGA